AUGCGUUUAUCCGAACCAACCGGUUGCCACGAGUGCAUUCAGCCCCUCCUUCUUCGCAACCCCCUCCACUCCCGUCGACCCGGCCGCGGCUCCAUGACGGCCCAGAUGACUGCACUUGUUGCUUUCCGGCCGGAUCAGGCCAGAUGCUGGACUCACAUGUGCACUGACGCAGGUACAGUUGGCCGUCCAACCAUCGACGAAAACCGCGAAUGUGUCCAAGGCUCUCUGGAACCGGAUAGUCGAUUGAAGUAA